AUAGCAUGGAAUAUCUACUAAAGUCAAUCAUUUAUAUUUUUUCUCUAAUCCAAAAUUAUCACCAAACGAAAAAAUAUGGAUUCCGGCAUGUCAUGGGCUGAUCAAUGGGACAACAACCCAGACCCUUUUCCAACAUCAGAGAAAGACAAGAAAAAGGGCAAGGAUGAAUCAAAGGCAAGCAAAAUUGGGAAGAAUAUGCUGACUUUCAAAUGGGUGAAAGAACUACGCAAGAAAACUCAAAAAUGAUGAAAAUAUCGUCAUUAUAUUUAUUUAUUAUUUAUGAUAUAAACCCUCCUUGACUAUUUGAAAUUAAUAUUUGCAAUAAUGUAAUUGACGUUGUCAUUUUAUUUCUGGAAACUAAAAAGGCUCGUUGAAGCAAAUAAAGUUCCAGAAUUUAUUAAUUACAAUCUUAUGCACCUGUCCCAUUCCUGGUUUAUAUUAUACCAAAAAUCUAGACUAUUGUUAAUUUCAUAAUUGAUUUUGUUAAAUACACUCUGAGAUGACAUGUUUCUUGUGCUUUAAGUAAUGGAAAGUGGAUGAUAGUUUGUGUUUCUUUGCUUGAAA